CCCCAAACGUGAAUAUUGAGGCGUUCUCGUGGCGAUCGUCCCCUGGAGGGUUAAAGGACUUCCUGAAGGAGUUACUCCGAAACAUGAACAUGUCUGAGGAGGAAGACGAGAGCCCCGUGAAGCAGGAGAGACCAGAUCCACCUGGACCCAGCUGUGUGUCCCUGAAGAGCAGUGGGUCCAUGUGGGAGCCAAUCAGCUUCGAGAACGGAGGGCCGACUCUGGAGCCACGCCCCGUGAAGCAGGAGAGACCAGAUCCACCUGGACCCAGCUGUGUGUCCCUGAAGAGCAGUGGGUCCAUGUGGGAGCCAAUCAGCUUCGAGAACGGAGGGCCGACUCUGGAGCCACGCCCCGUGAAGCAGGAGAGACCAGAUCCACCUGGACCCAGCUGUGUGUCCCUGAAGAGCAGUGGGUCCAUGUGGGAGCCAAUCAGCUUCGAGAACGGAGGGCCGACUCUGGAGCCACGCCCCGUGAAGCAGGAGAGACCAGAUCCACCUGGACCCAGCUGUGUGUCCCUGAAGAGCAGUGGGUCCAUGUGGGAGCCAAUCAGCUUCGAGAACGGAGGGCCGACUCUGGAGCCACGCCCCGUGAAGCAGGAGAGACCAGAUCCACCUGGACCCAGCUGUGUGUCCCUGAAGAGCAGUGGGUCCAUGUGGGAGCCAAUCAGCUUCGAGAACGGAGGGCCGACUCUGGAGCCACGGCCUCACAGGAAGAGGUCCGAGGUUCUGAGUGGACGUCCUGACCUGAAGCAUCAUGAAAACCUGGACUCUGUGUUCGAGCUUCUUGAAGAAAACAUUGUGACUUUUGUGAAGAACGAGCUCAAGAAACUCAAGAAGGUUCUGGAUCCAAAAGAUCCACAAUUAUUAGAGGAACUGAAAGAAGAUGAUGAAGUUGUGGGUGGUGAAGAUGAAGAUGAAGAGCAGAGAAACAGCAACAGAAACGCGAUUCUGAAACUCUCGCUGAACUUCCUCAGGAACAUGAAGGAGAAGCAGCUGGCUGACUCUCUGCAUAGCAAAACUCACGCUGCGAUCUGCCAACGUAAACUAAAGUCUAAACUGAAGGACAAGUUUCAGUGUUUGUUUGAAGGAAUUGCUAAAGCAGGAAACCCAACACUUGUGAAUCAGAUCUACACAACACUCUACAUGACGGAGGGUGGAGAGGUCAACGAGCAACACGAGGUCAGACAGAUAGAAGCAACGUCCCAAAAAACCGCAGGUUCAGAAAGAACAAUCAGAUGUGAGGAUAUAUUUAAACCUUUACCCGGAAGAGAUGAACCAGUCAGAACUCUGGUGACAAAGGGAGUGGCCGGCAUCGGGAAAACUGUCCUAACGCAGAAGUACAUCCUGGACUGGGCUGAAGACAAAGCCAACAACAAUAUGCAGUUCGUCUUUCCAUUCUGUUUCCGAGAGCUCAAUUUGCUGAGAGCAAAAAAAUACAGUUUGGUGGAACUUCUUCAUCAACACUUUCCUGAAACCAAAGAAGCAGGAAUCUGCAGGUUUGAAAAGUUCCAGGUUGUUUUCAUCUUUGACGGUCUGGACGAGUGUCGACUUCCUCUGGACUUCCACAACAACGAGGUCCUGACUGACGUUACAGAGUCCACCUCGGUGGAUGUGCUGCUGACAAACCUUAUCAGAGGUAACCUGCUUCCCUUUGCUCGCCUCUGGAUAACCACAAGACCUGCAGCGGCCAAUCAGAUCCCUCCUGAAUGCGUUGACAUGGUGACGGAGGUGAGAGGGUUCAGUGACCCACAGAAGGAGGAGUACUUCAGGAAGAGAUUCAGAGACAAUGACCACGCCGGCAGGCUCAUCUCCCACAUCGAGGCGUCGCGAAGCCUCCACAACAUGUGCCACAUCCCGGUCUUCUGCUGGAUCACGGCUACAGUCCUGGACCACGUGUUGAGACUCAGAGAUAGAGCAGAGCUACCCAAGACCUUGACGGAGAUGUACAUCCACUUCCUGGUGGUUCAGACCAAACAACAGAACGCAAAGUAUCACGGAGGUGUGGCGGCCGAUCCCGUCUGGAACACAGAGACCAAGAAGACCAUUCUCACUCUGGGAAAACUGGCUUUCGAGCAGCUGGAGAAAGGAAACCUUAUCUUCUAUGAAGCGGACCUGAGAGAAUUUGGCAUUGACCUAGAAGCCGUCUCCGUACACUCUGGACUAUUCACGGAGAUCCUCAAAGACGAGCGUGGGCUGAGCCAGGAAAAGGUAUUCUGCUUUGUCCAUCUGAGCGUUCAGGAGUUCCUGGCUGCACUUUAUGUCUUCCUGACGUUCAUCAACACCGGCAUCAAUCCACUGAGAAAAGGAAAUCAGUUCAACUCAGUACGGCUUGCGCCAUUACAACUAGAUAACCACAUUAGCCUCCUCUGCCAGAGGGCAGUGGACAAAGCUUUAGAGAGUCCACAUGGACAUAUGGACUUGUUCGUCCGCUUCCUCCUGGGUCUUUCACUGAAGACCAAUCAGACUCUCCUACGAGGCCUGCUGAAGACGACAGGAAGUAAACACAAAGUCAAAAAGAUUUUAGUCCAGUACAUCAAGAAGAAGAUCAAGGACAGUCCGUCUCCAGAGAAGAGCAUCAAUCUGUUCCACUGUCUGAAUGAGCUGGAUGACCGUUCUCUAGUGGAUGAGAUCCAACAGUACCUGAGAUCAGGACGUCUCCCUGAAAACAAACUCUCUCCCUCUCAGUGGUCAGCACUCGUCUUCAUCCUGCUGACAUCACAAAAGGAUCUAGACGUGUUUGAUCUGAGGAAAUUCUCAGCUUCAGAGGAGGGUUUCCUGAAGCUGCUGCCAGUGGCCAAAGCAUCCAAAACAGCCCUGCUGAGUGGCUGUAACCUCUCGUGGAAAAGCUGUGAAGCUCUGGCCUCAGUUUUAAUCUCCAAGAACUGUAGUCUGAGAGAGCUGGACAUGAGUAACAAUGACCUGCAGGAUUCAGGCAUACAGCUGCUCUCAGCUGGACUCGGGAGUCCACUCUGUAGACUGGAGGUUCUCAGGCUUUCCGACUGCCAGGUCACAGAGAAAGGCUGUACUCUUCUGGCUUCAGCUCUCAAGGCCAACCCCUCCCAUCUGAGAGAGCUGGACCUGAGCUUCAACCACCCUGAAGACUCGGGAGUGACGCUACUGUCUGCUGGACUGGAUGACCCCAGCUGGAAACUAGAGACACUCAAGGUUGAACAUUGUGGAAAGCUUCGCCUGAACCCACCACCUCUUCGGUAUUUCCGUGAGCUUUCUCUGGACCCCAACACGGCCGCCCGAAACCUCUUCCUGUCUGACGACAACAGACGAGUGAUAGUGGUGAAAGAGAAGCAGCCGUAUCCCGAUCAUCCGGAGAGAUUCGACAGCUGGAGACAGCUGCUGUGCAGAGAAGGUCUGACUGGGCGCUGUUACUGGGAGGUCCGGUGGAAAGGGAGGGCUCACAUUGGAGUGUCGUACAGAGUCUUUAACAUGAGAGGAGACAGUGACGACUGCUGUAUUGGAUGGAACGAUCGGUCCUGGAGUCUGUUGUGCUCCCCUCGCAGUUACACGGCCUGGCACAACAACCACCCAGAAGACGUAGCCGCUGUCCCGUCGUCUGACCGAGUCGCGGUGUAUCUGGACUGGCCCGCCGGCACCCUGUCCUUCUACCUUCUCCCCUCCGUUGUCUCUUCGGCCAAACAGAUCCACCUCUACACCUUCAAAUGCACCUUCACCGAACCCGUCUACCCUGCGUUUGGGUUCGGACGAAUGAGCGAGCUCGAGUCCGAGUCCUCACCGUCCUCCAUUUUACUGUCGCAGAUGGAAGAGUAAAUGUGUCUUCCUGUGUCGAGCGGCGGUUCUUAAACAGGGGAAGACUAAAGUCCUGAAAGAGCGCGUUCUAGGAGCCUUCAAUGAGAAUGAGUCGUUUUUCACGCUACUUCUGCGUUGCUGAGCUCGUCAUGUAUUUCCACUCUAUGUGCUUUGUAUCUAACUGAAAAAGAAGAACAUGUACGUGCAUGUGUGUGUUAUAUGCAUGUGUAUAUACUGUACAUGCAUGUGUGUGUCUUAUAUGCAUGUGUAUAUACUGUACAUGCAUGUGUGUGUGUCUUAUAUGCAUGUAUAUGGGUUUCCAGGGGCACAGUAGUUAGAAAUAGUGCAUAAAAUUAUUCGCUAAUUUGAGAAAUUAUGACACGUUAUAUUUAUUGUUGUUGUUCUCUGUAGUUUGUAUAGUUUUACUCAAAACAAACUUAUCAUAAUGUCUUUCUUUUCUGUAACAUUUAAUGUCACAAAUGUGUAUUUCAUUUGAAAACUAAUGUGAAUUAAAGAUUCAACCACACUGAAA